AUGAAACUGAGUGUGGGGAUAUUUUUUGGAGGCUUCUUUGCAGCUUUGGGGGUUUUGCUUUUUUUGGUGGCAUUUGGAACAGAUUAUUGGCUUCUUGCUACAGAAAUAGGAACUUGUUCAGAAGCACCCGAAGGUGCUGGGGGAGAGAAGGCCACUUUCCAUCAUGAAGGUUUCUUCUGGAGGUGCUGGUUUAGUGGAAAUGUAGGAGAUAAUAAUGGCAGCAUGUGGAAGUUUUGGUAUACCAACCAGUCACCUUCUAAGAAUUGCACACAUGCUUACCUGUCCCCAUUUCCUCUUCUCCGAGAUGAACACAACUCCACCUCCUAUGACUCUGCAAUCAUUUAUCGAGGUUUCUGGACAGUUCUUAUGCUCCUGGGAGUACUCACUGUUGUGGCGGCUAGUUUCCUCAUCAUCUGUGCAGCACCUUUUGCCAGUCACAUUUUAUACAAAGCAGGAGGAGGCUUUUUCAUCAUUGCUGGUGUCUUGUUUUCGCUGGUAGUCGUGAUGUAUGUCAUCUGGGUCCAGGCCAUGGCUGAUCUGGAAAACUACACAAACAUGAAAAAAAUGGAUUGCCCAGACUUUGCUGUUUAUGUACGUUAUGGCUGGUCAUUUAUGUUGGCUCCUAUAGGAGUAUUUUUUGCUUUAUUAGCAGGAAUGCUGUUCUUGUUGGUGGGGCGUGACAUUUAUUUACACUCAGACUAGUCAGACGCUGCUGAAGGGAAUACAGCAAUACUUGUGAAACUUUGUGACAUGUGUAUACUGGAACACAAUUUUGUAUAUUAUUACUAUUAUAGCAAUCUUAAAUGUGCAGGCAGCCUUCAUGAAGUUCUUCUAUUACUUGUUCAAGGGUAAGGGACACAAAACUCAGUACAGGAAGAAACGACCUUUAGUCCCAACUAGUUGUUUUUAAUUCUUUAGAAAGUACACGUGGUUCUUCACAUUGUGCUAUUAGCAGCAUUUUUGUAGGCUAACAAACAGAAGAAAAUUUUUUUCUGCAAGUAAAUCAUGAAUAUGAAUUGUCUCAAAUCAACAUUUUAUACAUUUAUCUUUUAGCAUUUACACUGUUCUUCUGUUUGUAGAGAAUGGCACAAGGUAUAGGAGAAGGCAAACAUUCAAACACAGUAAUUCAAUCUACCUCCUCUCCUGUUUUCCACUACUUGCCUUAGCUUUAAUGGCAGCAAACAUGUCUGCACUUUAUAAAAAUAGAGUGCAGUUGUUCAUGCAACAUCCAUAGGAAGAGGACUGGAGAGAAGACAAUUG